CAUUUUGGGUAUACUGAACUGUUGGUUUGCACUGAUCUCCUGCAUUGAAUCCUGUUUGCGGACAUAGACAAAAAGUCCUUCUUAGUUGCUUGGCCUUUCCCCGGAGAAUAAUCUAAUGCAAUCUUGCCUGGUUUCAUGCUUCAACAUCUCCCAGUGGAGUCCACCUUAACCUACACACCUUCAAGUCAUAUUAUCUCUGAAAUUUGACUUUGGCUGUUUGCGCCUCGCCCACCAUGGGCUUCUUCGGUUUAAACAGGAGCAAGAAGACACCUUCCCACACGGAGCCAUCACUUAAAUCAGCAGCACAACCGUCACUCAAGUCCGCAGCACAAUCACCCCCUCCUCCAUACACGAGGAAGCCGAUGGUACCUACAACAUUGGCACCGGGAGCUUCUCCUCAACCAGCCCGACCUCAGACUGCUUCACGGCCACCAGUAACCUCCCAUACUCGGACAGCCACUCCUGUUCCGCUUCAGCCACAACAUCAACCUCAACUUCAACCUCAAUGGCAUCAGCAACUUCCAAUGCCCGGGUCCAUCCCCGGUAGGCCUCGAUCAUCUGCAGGGACCACGUGCCUCACUAUCCCAUCGAGCUGGGUCACAUCCUAUCCCCCAUCAUCCUACCAAUUCGGAGAUCCGCGCCAGCAUGGCCAUCACCAGCAGCCGAUUGUGGUGAACCAGUACUAUCUUGGUCAACAACUGCCUGUUGUCCACCGUCCAGCCUAUGGCUGCGCCACUGCCAACAGCGUUGUUAACAUUGGCAACUCAGUUGUCGACAUGGCCAAUGGGUGCCUGCCAUCUAGCCUUCAAGUUCGCCACCUACCGCACCACCUUGAUGAUGGUCUUCCGGCUUGGCAUGGCUACGGCUCCCAGCUUCUCAACCAGAGCGCGGCUGCGUGCGACCGACUUGGCCAAAGACUUAAUAGUGUUUUGACCCUGAUUGAUGGGGACCAAUGCAAGGGUAAUGAGCAGGAGCUUUUCAUGAUUAACCCGCAAGGCCCAGGCACCGUGGCGCCACCAGUCGCCAAAACGGAGGUAGCUUCCAAGAAGACGGCUAGACCCAGCAGCAAGUCCGGGGAUAAGGCAUCUAAACGGUCUAGCCGCAUGAGCUCACCGGACAAGAAUUCCAAGGGGCAGACCACAGCCAUAGCAGCCAGUGUUAUGACGGGUGACUAUUUUUCCAAGGUGGAGUUGUAUGCCAACUCCAAGUUGCCGAUGGAUCUGCCUCCCCUCAAGCUCUACAUGCCCACCUGGCCAAUUCUCUGUCUCGCAGCGCAGUACUCGGAGCGCGUCUACGCCCGUCCGCGUGGGGCCGAGAUGGACACACACGUCGACGCCGAUUGGCGCACGGGAGCCAAAGCCAUGGUGAUCAAGUCGGUUCCCAUGGACCACAUGAAUACCAUUGUCUUUGCCAUUCGUGGCAGCGCCUCCUUCAUGGAUUGGGCCGUCAACCUCAACACGGCGCCUACCUCACCUCUCGACUUUCUCGACGAUCCGGGCAACUUCUGCCACGCUGGUUUUCUGUCCGUUGCCCGCAAGAUGAUCGCCCCAGUGGCGGCCCGCCUCAGAAAGUUGCUGGAGGAGGACCCCGGCCGCAGCACAUACUCCCUACUGUUGACGGGCCACAGCGCCGGCGGUGCUAUUGCAGCCUUGCUGUACGCCCACAUGAAGAAUCAAGUCGUGAAUUCGGAGCUCUCGAACCUCGCAGGAUGUUUCCGCCGCAUCCACUGCGUCACCUUUGGCGCUCCGCCCGUCAGCCUCCUGCCCUUGGCUUCUCUUGAUUCAGACAAAAAGAGCCUAUUCCUGAGCUUCGUGAACGAGGGCGACCCCGUGGCGCGGGCCGACAUGGCGUAUGUUAAGAGUCUGCUUGAGCUAUUUGCUGCCGCUGCGCCCACAAAAAGCAAAGAAAAGGACAGCGGCAAGUCGAAGAGCAGCAGCAGCAGCAGCAGCAAAUCAGACAAGGAAAAGAAGCGCUCCUCGUCCUCUACCGCAUCCGUAUCGAGCAAAUCUUCCUCGUCUUCGGACAAGAAGAAGUCUUCCCCCUCAAAACCCACCUGGAAGCUCCCGCCCAGUACGCUCAGCAACGCAGGGAGGAUCGUGGUCCUGCGGUCAGGCGACCCGAAACGGGCCAAGAAGGCCUGCAGUGACCGCCGGACGGUAGAGGAGCGGCUGAACGAGGGCGUGGUCGCACAAGUUGUGACGGAUCAGCAGCUGCGCGCCGUCGUGUGGGGAGAUCCCGCGGCGCACCUGAUGCGUCUGUAUUCUGGCCGGAUCGAAACCCUCGCCGUGGGUGCUGUCACGGCGAGGGAUCAUUGAUGAAAGAUUGGUGACGGUUUUCUGUGGUUAUGUUUUUUGUAUUGUGCUUUUUCUCACGUUGGCUGAUACUUUUCUGGUGUUGGUGACGACGACGACGAUUAUGUCUUAUGAUCCGUUAUGAACUUUGAUACCUGGCCUAACAAGCCCUUCUUUACUCUAUUCUAUGUUUAGGAGUAUAUAAAACUCGGGUAAUAUCCAGAUCUAUGCUGAAAAAAAGACCGUUGUUCUAUGGUG